GGCACUAUUCUUUCGUUAGUUUUAACAGUUUGCUCAUUAGCCUUUCCUUCGUCGAUCCUGUCGAAUACCACCGACCCAAAAGUCAUCUUCAAGCUAGCUCUCCGCGUGGUCGUCGACGAGCUCAUGAAGGUCUCCGUUUACCUUGACCAGCUGAAGGGGAAAAUCAUGGAUACCCGUGUCAAGGCUGCGUUGGAUGUCUGCGCCACCGUGAUUGACGACGCGCUGGAUCGACUCAAUGAGUCGGUUUCCACAAUGGAAGUCGGCAAAGGGGGAGAAGCUACUAUCGAUGUUGAAGAUCGACGCUUUGAAGACAUGGCUCAGCGCUUCCAUUACCGAUCAAGAAACCUGCUUUGAUGCCUUGGAUGAAUUGAACGGGACAGAGCACUUGGCGAUUCAUGACGAAUUAAAAACGGCGAUGCAGAAUUCCAUCGAAUUUGCAAGUAAUAGUCUGGCAAUUGUCACUAAAAUCUUAAGCUUACUGGCGGAUUUCAACAUCCCAAU